GUGACUGGCACAGCGGUGGCAAAGGUUACAAUCAGUACUACGGCGGCGGCAAGGGUUACGGCGGCAACGGCAUCUCUUCCAUGCUUGGUCAGUGGAGUGGUAUGAUCGACGGCAUGCGGGCCUUCGGUGAGAUGGGCCGCAUUAGCCAGAUCAUCGCACAGGCGGACAAUACUAUUGGCAACAACCUUACCCAGCAGCAGCAGCAGCAGCAGCAGCAACAGGUCCAGCAACCACAGUACCAGCACCAGCACGUCCCACGGAUGGCCUCGGUCAACCAGCCCGCGCGCGACCUUGCGAUAGCCCUCUCGGACGUCAUGGGCGGUGCGCAGGGCUCAGACAGCAAGCUGCAGGCGACCAUCAAGCGCCUCCAUGAGGCCGCAGGAUUGGACAAAGGCGAUGGCGAGCGCUUGGAGGAUAACCCUGUGAUUAAGAAGAUGAAGGCUGAGCUCGCAGAGGUGCAGGGACAAAUAAAAAAUCACGGCGAUCAGCUUGCCAGCAUCCAGCAGUCGACAUCCACCACCUCAGAUGAUGUACGUGCGCUUCGUAACUUGCUCGAGGGUAGCUUAGGCGGCAACGGCGGCAAAGGCAGUUGGAACGCUCCUAGUCCCAAAGGUCACGGCAAAGGAGCAGAUCAGGGUGUUCCAGCAGUCCACGAGAAUGGGCCCGUCAUGAACCCCAUGAUGACUAAGCAGAUGCACGAGACCGCAGUGUCGCUUCUUGGCGUGUCAAAGGAUCGAGCUGAUGUAUCGCAGUGGGCUGCGACGAUUCCCGAGGGUGGACUUCCAUACUUGGCUUGGUGGACGGAGAUUGGCAAGAAGAAAGGACUCGACCAGUGGCGUCGAAAACUCAAGUCGCUCGGAGCCAGCGAGGCGCAGGUGGAUGGCAAAGACCUGACUGCUAUGGGCACGCUCUUGUUUCAGUUUCUUGACGAGGAUGGGGAGUGGGCGAACACCGCCAUGCAGCAG